AGUUUGGUUUUUGUUGAAUUUUAAUUGGUCUCAUCUUUUUACUCAAAAAUCUCUUUUGAAUUUAAAAAGUGUCAAAAUUAAUUUUAUUUAUUUCGUAUUGUUUCUCAAUUUAUUUUUAUUUAUUUUCAUAUUUUUUCAUGUAACAUAUUUUGAUUGCACAAAUUAUAUGCAAUGCCCAACCAAGAGCUACCUUUCAAAGCAUAAAUGAAAUUAAACAAAACAACACUAACCGUGUAGAAUUAUGUACCGAAUAACCAAAAAAAAUAACAAUGCGCUCAGUUACAUCUGCUCCCAGACGGUGACGAUGAUAGUUUACCAACCACUGCACACGAAGCGAACCGCAACGACCAAAAAAAAAUUAUAAGUAAAACAGUGUGUACAGUGAAGUGAUAAAUAAACCAACAAAGUCUCGUACGCACCGCAGUCACUGUGAACAUUCAUGACGCGCACGUUGUCGGUAGUUAAAAGAUGUCAAUUUAAAAGUUAUUCGGUGUGAACAAUAAUUUACUCGCUAGUAUAUUCGUAGCUUUGGUAGAUAUUUGGAUUUAAUAAUUUUGCUACAAACAGUGAAACAGUUCAUCAUGUCCGUUGCAGUGUGUCCACUCGGCGGGGGUGAUGAUUUCCAUAAGAAAAUCGUACUGGUGGCUCUAGUGCAGAUGCUAGUGUUACAGCUAUUAGUGCAACAAACAGUGGCGAAUGUGCACGAGCAAGAGUUUCGGGCACAACGAUCACUUGCCAGCAGACAGAUAGCAAAUCGACGGGAUACACGCUUUCUACCAAUAUUUACCGUGUACCAGUGGGGUCAAGGACUGUGUUCGGCAGCUUCCGGUGAGUAUGGAUCCUGUCAGCCCAACAACGAGUGUGUACUGCGCGGUGGCAUUCCGGCUGGACCCUGUGCCGGUGGAUAUGGGACGUGCUGUAUCUUUAUGGCGUCGUGUGGUGGUGUAGUGCGUGAAAAUGGAACCUACUUUGUUAACCCGAAUCAUCCGGAUAGUACCGAUGGGACCGGUAGUUGCCAGCUGACCAUCUUGAAGAUGCAUCCGGACAUUUGUCAAAUUCGGCUUGACUUCGAUCACUUCUCGCUGAAUGGCCCUGAGAUCGUGAAUCACAUCUGUAACACGGAUCAGUUUCUUGUGUCGGGUGGAAGUCCUGCUCCGACGAUCUGUGGAAGUGCUACGGGAGAACACAUGUACAUAGAUGCAGGGAUGGGGCAGAGCAAUCCCAUCAUACUAACCGUCAUCACAAGUGGACCAAGCUUCCCCCGUACCUGGCGCGUCCGUAUAUCGCAGAUCCCGUGCGGUGCCAUCGCCAAAGCCGACCAAGGAUGUCUCCAGUACCACACGGGCGUGAGUGGACGAGUGAAGAGCUUCAACUUCGAUCCAAUCAAUGGACGUCAGCUAUCGAACCAGGACUACAGCAUAUGCAUCCGGACGGAGCGCAAUUUCUGCAGCAUUCAGUAUACGGCUUGCCCGGGUGCGGUACCCGGCAAUCGGUCCCGCACGUUCACACUGUCCGGCAAUAGCAAUAGCAUUGUGCAGGCGAUGGUGGGUGGCGGUACGCAGGGCACACCCAACUCCUGCACGAACGAUUGGCUGAUGGUACCGUGUGCGAAGAUUGCGGACCGUUUGCCGAUGGCCAGUACGUGCGAGGACAAGAUUUGUGGUGGCACUUUCAAUGCGGAAGUUAGCUCCGUUGAAAGGACGGUCGUGUCGACGAUACGUCCAUUCCGGUUGGCGUUUCAUACGGAUUCGAUCGAAGCACCGACCGAUGUGGAUAAUCGUGGCUUCUGUCUCGAUUACGUACAGCAACCGUGCACUAGCAAUAAGUGAGAAGGUUUGAAAGGUAAAGGAGUCCCUG